GGACAGCCACACAGGCAGCCCCAUUGUUCUCUGCUCUCAGGUGAAGGGUACACACGUGCCCUGGGGAGGUCAUAACUGCCUGAACCUAUAAAACUGGCAAGGCAGAGCAGGUUGGCAUUGCCUGGGCAGUGACCUGGAGAGCUAGCAGCUCUGCAAUUCCACACUGCUUUUUGUUUUUUUCCUCUAUACAUUCUGUAUAAGAAUUUUCCUUUAAAAGCAAAAGGAGAAAUUAGUAUCAGGUUUGGGCAGCAUUCUCACAUCCUACAGGCCUCUCCGUGAGAGUCAGGUGGGCUCCCUGUGAGGGGUCCCUUGCUCAUCAGAGUAGACUCGGGGACACAUCCUACCAACAGAGCAGUUCUGUUCUGGCUGGUGAUCCCCAGUGAUCCAAGUCAUCUCAGAUUGCCACUGCACCCAGAACUGGCUUUCAGGAUGAGGUGCACAGGGCUGAUGGCGAUACUGUUCACCAUGGCCAGCCUGCUGCAGCUGGCUGUGACUCUGAAAAUUGCAGCUUUCAACAUCCGGACUUUUGGGGAGACUAAGAUGUCCAAUGACACCCUCGUUAGCUACAUUGUGAAAAUCCUGCGCCGCUAUGACAUCACCGUUGUCCAAGAGGUCAGAGACACCCACCUCGUGGCUGUUGGGAAGCUACUGGAUGAACUCAAUCGGGAUGCACCUGACACCUAUCGCUAUGUGGUCAGUAAGCCACUGGGCCGCAACAGCUACAAGGAACAGUACCUUUUCCUGUACAGGCCUGACCAGGUGUCUGUUCUGGACACCUAUUACUAUGAUGAUGGCUGUGAGCCCUGUGGAAAUGACACCUUCAGCCGAGAGCCAACCAUUGUCAGGUUCUUCUCCCCAUACACUGAGGUCAGAGACUUUGCGAUCGUGCCCUUGCACGCAGCCCCGACAGAUGCCGUGACUGAGAUCGACGCCCUCUACGAUGUUUACCUGGACGUCCGGCAGAAGUGGGGCCUGGAGGACGUCAUGUUGAUGGGAGAUUUCAAUGCUGGCUGCAGCUACGUCACUUCCUCCCAGUGGUCUUCCAUCCGCCUUCGGACAAGCACCAUCUUCCAGUGGCUGAUUCCUGACAGUGCCGACACCACAGCGACAUCCACACACUGUGCUUACGACAGGAUUGUGAUUGCUGGAGCGCUGCUGCAGGACGCUGUUGUCCCCAACUCAGCUGCUCCCUUUGACUUCCAAGCAGCCUACGGUCUCUCCAGCCAGCUGGCUGAAGCCAUCAGUGACCAUUACCCAGUGGAAGUGACCCUCAGGAGAACCUGACGUCGCCACGCGGCACAGCCACACUGCUUCCGC